AUGGCUCAUUCAAGACUACUGAAGCUGGAGUCAUCCCUACGAAAAAAACCGGAUGUCGCUAUGGCCUACAACCAGAUAAUCCUGGAUUACCUCCAGAAAGGGUACAUCAAGAAAGUACCAAAGAAAACGGGUGACCAGUGGUUGUUGCCGCACUUUCCGGUGAUCAAUCAGGAGAAAACGUCGACCAAAGUUCGAAUCGUCUUUGAUGCGGCAGCGAAGCACAAAAACAAAUGUCUGAACGACGCGCUUCACCCUGGGCCCAAGCUCCAACGAGAAUUGGUAGACGUGUUAACCAGGUUCCGAAGAGAACCCGUGGCAGUGUCAGCAGAUAUCUCUCAGAUGUUCUUACAAGUCGGACUUGCCGAGAAAGAUCGACCUUUUCAUCUCUUCCUUUGGCGUGAUUUGAACAAAGAAAGAGAACCCGAAAUUUACGAGUUCCAGCGUCUACCAUUCGGAAAUACCUAUUCACCAUUCUGCGCACAAUAUGUACUUCACUCCCACGCGGAGAAGAAUAAAGAUCACUUUCCGAAAGCCGCAGAUACAGUGGAUAAUGCAAUGUACGUGGACGAUGUGCUGGACUCUUGCGAGACGGUUCAGGGAGCCAUAACCCUUAGACAACAAACAUCCGAGUUGGUGUCUGGCGCAGGCUUCAAUUUGAGGAAAUGGAUGUCAAACCAGGCUGAUGUUAUCAAAGAUGUUCCUGUUGAAGAUCGUCUUCCCGGAUUAGAGCUCAGUGAUGGUAGCCUGCCGAUGUUGAAGACCCUGGGAGUUCUGUGGAAUGCCCGGCAAGAUAUCUUCAAGUUCGUGGUUCACCCUCCAUCGCUGACUGAAGGCCCGACCAAAAGAGAAGUCCUGAGUAGUAUAGCAAAGCUGUUUGAUCCAUUACAGUUUUUGGCUCCCUUCACUAUACGAGCGAAAUUAUUGUUGCAAAAGACAUGGGCAGCUGGAAUUGGUUGGGAAGACAAAAUGCCAGAAAAUUUGUGCAAUGAAUGGAACAACUGGGUAAAAGAACUGAGCGACUUAAACGGAUUCGAAGUCCCUCGCCCUCUACGCUUGCCUGGACCUACGGACGUCUGGUUGCACACCUUCUCAGACGCAUCCCAAGAUGCUUACGCAGCAGUGUCUUAUCUUGUCAGUAAUUACGAAGAUCACGAAGCCACCUCACGGAUCCUCGCAUCCAAGAGUCGUGUCACGCCACUAAAGUCAGUUACUAUCCCAAGACUGGAACUCAUGGGAGCAGUACUCGCCACCCGACUGGCCAACAGCAUUCUCCAGACAUUGACAGUCAAUGGAGCAACGUACUGGACGGACUCAAGGAACGUCCUGUAUUGGGUGCGUAACCAGAGCCGUGCAUUCAAGCCAUUUGUGGCCAAUCGAGUGGCAGAGAUACAGAGACAUUCCAACCCAGAACAAUGGCGACACAUACCUGGUGGAAUAAAUCCAGCCGACAUACCAACUCGUGGACUUUAG